GCCGCGCAGGAUGUGAAGCCGCUGUAGAAGAAGAAGCAGGAGGAUGACAAAACCAGGCUCGUCUGCGGUAGUGAUGCUGCUCCUGCUGGGCUUCCUCUCAGCGUCCUCUGUCAAUGCUGACCCCAUGCUGUCAGCUCCACUUAAUGUCACCAUCAGAGAGCUGGAGGUCAACUCUGCUGUGGUCACGUGGGAAAUCUUGGAGGGAGACCCCGUCAUUGGCUUUGCCAUCACACAGCAGAAGAAGGACGUCCGCAUGCUGAGGUUCAUCCAGGAGGUGAACACCACCACGCGCUCGUGCGUACUCUGGGAUCUGGAUGAGGACACGGAGUACAUAGUGCACGUUCAGAGCAUCAGCAUGGGGGGCAGCAGCCCCCCCAGUCAGCCCGUUCUCUUCAGGACCCCCAAAGAGUCUGAGAAGAUGGCGUCCAAGAGUCCAGAUGAGGUGACAAUGGAGGAGUUCGGUCAUGCUGCCCAGCUAAGGGCUGGAGAGCUCAUCAUCAUUGUGGCGGUGCUGGUCAUGUGGGCAGGUGUCAUUGCCCUGUUCUGUCGCCAGUAUGACAUCAUCAAAGAUAAUGAGCCUAACAACAACAAGGACAAAGCCAAGAACUCCUCCGAAUGCAGUACACCUGAACAUCCACAGGGGGGGCUGCUGCGCAGCAACGUCUAAGCCCGGCCCUGCAUCACCUUCUGCAAUAACCAACUCCUCGUACCUCAGGACAGAUCCUGAGACCAACAGAAAGCCAUUCUUCAACACCACCAAAACCCAAAGGACGGUCCACCAUCACAGAACAUUCGCUUCUCGUCAUUCACACGCUGAAGAGCUGCCGCAAAGCAAACGGACGCAACUUCUCUUUUAACGUGACCAAAAACUGGAACGCCGGUAGACUUUGUGCGGGCAGCGAAGUAACCAGAGAUAAUGCCGUUUCAUCAUCCAUAACAAGUGGUUCAUUUACAACCUCUGGUUACUGUUGAUCAACAUCAUCGACCUCCCAGUGUGGAUCAUCCAACAUUUUAUUUUUUUCCCCCCGAUGUCACAAUAAGAGACAUGGAAAAGCUGGUCCUGUUGGUCCAGACGUCGGUCAGCACACAACAGAACAACUCCGUCCAUCUGUUUUAAAUUGGAGACUUCGUCUUUCAGUGUCACUAUCUCCUUUCAGUCCUGGGGAAGCUGCCUUGUGCAGCAGCUUGUCUCUUCUUCUCUGUCUUCCUGUAUCAGUGUUUUCUCUAAUAAGCACAUUGCCAUGUGGUGCUCCUCCUACUGUGAUUGUCUGAGCCCUCACCAUACCAGUCCUGAUGAUGGUGUCGUGGUCAGACAUACCGAUGUUUGCUCUUGUUUCUUCAUUUGAUACGUGGUUGUGCUUCUGCCUUUUUCUCGGAGAUGGAAUCUCUGGUCGGUAUAGGAACGCAAAGAUUCACUUUUAACUUCUUGGGUUUUCACCUCACGUUUUGAUCAUUUAAUCCGUUAGCAGCCAAUUAGGAUUCUUAUCUUUUGAUAUAUAUAUAUAUUUUUUUUUUGUGUGGUUUACUGUUGGGCGCUGCUUGUCCGGCGCCGUAUGCGGUUUGUGGUCUGCAGCGAGUCGUGAAAGGAAUAAGGAUGGAGAUACGCGGGGGGGGUAAUUUCCUAAUGAAAAAUUGGCUGGGGUUCCACUCUGGUGGGAAAGAUAAUCAACAUCAGGGGCAGGAGCUGUGGACGCCCACAGCUGCUCCACUUGGCUGUGAGACAAAGUCCUGCUUUGGAAAUGAACCACCUAUUCGCCAAUAUAGUUACAAUAUUGUCAAAAUCGUAAUUCUAGAUUUUAAAAAAAUGUCUCUGGGGUCUCCAGAAAUUCGUGAUGUCAAUAUGGGGUCACAAGCCAAAAAAGGGGUUGGGAAUAAGCUCUGGUGGGCCACAUAACAUGAUGUGGCGGGCCACAUUUGGCCCAUGGGCCUCGAGUUUGACAUCCGUAUGUGAUCUAGAGCAAAAUAUCAAUGUACCCAAGUUCAUUUCAAAAUAAAAGUCUCCCUGACAGGGCACUGUUGUGCACGUCUACCUUAGCAAUCAUCGUGGUUUCCCUUCAGCGUGUUAGCAUCGGCACUUACAGUCAUUACUACAAUAAUUUGGAAUAUUUAUCCUCCGACAGAGAGUUUAAUGAUGACAGGCUUUACGGGUAUUGGUUUGGUGGUGAUAAGGAGGUCACGAUAAAGUUUGAAUUACCUUGACU